AUGACCUUGUGCAUGCGCCAGCCCCAAGAGGUUCUGCUGAACUCCUUGUCCGUGGACCCUGACGCCGAAUGCAAGUAUGGCCUGUACUUCAGGGACGGGAAGCGCAAGGUGGACUAUGUCCUGGUGUACCAUCACAAGAGGCCCUCGGGCAGCAGGACUCUGGCCAAGAGGGCCCCGCACAACGACACCGCGCUGGCCGCCCGCAGCGUCAAGCAGGACCAGCCGCUGCCCGGCAAGGGGGGCCCAGUGGGAGUGGGUGAGCCGCAGCCCCCCGCAGACUUCCACGAGGAUGACAAGCGAUUCCGCAGGGAGGAGUAUGAGGGGAACCUCCUGGAGGCCGGCCUGGAGCUGGAGCGCGAUGAGGACACUAAGAUCCACGGGGUUGGGUUUGUGAAGAUUCAUGCACCCUGGAGCGUGCUAUGCAGAGAGGCUGAGUUUUUGAAACUGAAGAUGCCGACCAAGAAGCUGUAUCACAUUAACGAGACCCACGGCCUCCUGAAAAAGAUCAACUCCGUGCUCCAGAAAAUCACGGACCCCAUCCAGCCCAAGGUGGCAGAGCACAGACCCCAGACCAUGAAGAGGCUGUCCUACCCCUUCUCCCGGGAGAAGCAGCAUCUAUUUGACCUGUCUGACAAGGAUUCCUUUUUCGACAGCAAAACCCGGAGCACAAUAGUCUAUGAAAUUCUGAAAAGAACAACGUGUACCAAAGCCAAGUACAGCAUGGGGCAAGGAGAGGGAAGAAAGAAGGACUCUGCCCUUUUAAGUAAAAGGCGAAAAUGUGGUAAAUAUGGCAUCACGAGCCUGUUGGCCAAUGGCGUUUACUCAGCGGCCUACCCACUACAUGAUGGAGACUACGAAGGUGAGAAUGUGGAGUUCAAUGACAGAAAACUCCUGUAUGAAGAGUGGGCGAGUUACGGGGUCUUCUAUAAGUACCAGCCCAUCGACCUGGUCAGGAAGUAUUUUGGGGAGAAGAUCGGCCUGUACUUCGCCUGGCUGGGCGUGUACACCCAGAUGCUCAUCCCUGCCUCCGUGGUUGGGGUCAUCGUCUUCCUCUACGGAUGUGCCACCGUCAACGAAAACAUCCCCAGCAUGGAGAUGUGUGACCAGAGACACAAUAUCACCAUGUGUCCGCUGUGUGACAAGACGUGCAGCUACUGGAAGAUGAGCUCGGCGUGCGCCACGGCCCGGGCCAGCCACCUCUUCGACAACCCCGCCACUGUCUUCUUCUCCGUGUUCAUGGCCCUCUGGGCCGCCACCUUCAUGGAGCAUUGGAAGCGGAAACAGAUGCGUCUCAAUUACCGCUGGGACCUCACAGGCUUCGAGGAGGAGGAGGAGGCUGUCAAGGACCAUCCCAGAGCUGAAUAUGAAGCCAGAGUCUUGGAGAAGUCACUUAAGAAAGAAUCCAAGAACAAAGAGAAGCACCGGAAUAUUCCAGAGGAGUCAACAAACAAAUGGAAGCAGAGGGUUAAGACAGCCAUGGCGGGGGUGAAAUUGACGGACAAGGUGAAGCUGACCUGGAGAGACCGGUUCCCAGCCUACUUGACCAAUUUGGUCUCCAUUGUGUUCAUGGUCGCGGUGACCUUCGCCAUCGUCCUUGGCGUCAUCAUCUACAGAAUCUCCACGGCUGCCGCCUUAGCCAUGAACUCCUCCCCCUCUGUGAGGUCCAACAUCCGGGUCACGGUCACGGCCACCGCGGUCAUUAUCAACCUGGUGGUCAUCAUCCUUCUGGAUGAGGUGUACGGCUGCAUCGCCAGGUGGCUCACCAAGAUUGAGGUCCCAAAGACCGAGAAGAGCUUCGAGGAGAGACUGAUCUUCAAGGCUUUCCUGCUCAAGUUCGUCAAUUCCUACACCCCCAUCUUUUACGUGGCUUUCUUCAAAGGCCGGUUCGUCGGACGCCCGGGCGACUAUGUGUACAUUUUCCGCUCAUUCCGCAUGGAGGAGUGUGCUCCCGGGGGCUGCCUGAUGGAGCUGUGCAUCCAGCUCAGUAUCAUCAUGCUGGGCAAGCAGCUCAUCCAGAACAACCUGUUCGAGAUUGGCAUCCCGAAAAUGAAGAAGUUCAUCCGCUACCUGAAACUGAAGCGCCAGAGCCUCUCCGACCACGACGAGCAUGUGAAGAGGAAGCAGCGGUACGAGGCCGACUUCACGCUGGAGCCGUUUGCGGGCCUCACACCCGAGUACAUGGAGAUGAUCAUCCAGUUUGGCUUUGUCACCUUGUUUGUCGCGUCCUUCCCCCUGGCCCCGCUGUUUGCGCUGCUGAAUAAUAUCAUUGAGAUCCGCCUGGACGCCAAAAAAUUCGUCACCGAACUGCGAAGGCCGGUGGCCGUCAGAGCCAAAGACAUCGGAAUCUGGUACAACAUUCUCAGAGGCGUCGGGAAGCUUGCGGUCAUUAUCAACGCGUUCGUGAUCUCCUUCACGUCUGACUUCAUCCCCCGGCUGGUGUACCUGUACAUGUACAGCAAGGACGGGACCAUGCACGGCUUCGUCAACCACACCCUCUCCUCCUUCGACGUCAGCGACUUCCAGAACGGCACGGCCCCCAACGACCCCCUGGACCUGGGCUACGAGGUGCAGAUCUGCAGGUACAAAGAUUACCGGGAGCCCCCGUGGUCGGAGCACAAGUAUGACAUCUCCAAGGACUUCUGGGCUGUCCUGGCAGCACGGCUGGCCUUCGUUAUCGUCUUCCAGAACCUGGUCAUGUUCAUGAGCGACUUCGUGGACUGGGUCAUCCCGGACAUCCCCAAGGACAUCAGCCAGCAGAUCCACAAGGAGAAGGUGCUGAUGGUGGAGCUGUUCAUGCGGGAGGAGCAGGGCAAGCGGCAGCUGCUCGACACGUGGAUGGAGAAGGACCGGAAGGAGGGCGGGCGGCACAACAGCCACAGCCCGCGGGCCGGCCUGGACGGCCCCGAGCACCACAGCGGCGCCCUGUAGGGCCGCUGGCUCCCGACCCACCGACCAUCCGGCCGACCGGCACCCUCUCCCGGGCAGGUGGCCUCUCGCCCCCUAAGGCCCAGUGGCUCCUGUGUUUGUCACACACGUGGACUGCCACCUUCUGAUAGGACUUUUUUUUUUUUUAGUCUUUUUUUCUGGUUUCUUAAUCUUCCUUGUUUUUGCACAAAACCGUUAUGCAGGGAAUCUUUUUAUCUUUAACAUUCAAGGUUAAUCAGAUGAUUGCUGGGGGUAGGGUGGUGACACGGCGACGCUGGUGCUUCGCAGAAGCCGUCCUUGGAAUCCUGGGGUCCCCUCUGCAGGGGCAGGUGGGCAGAGGCAUCCGGAAAUCACCUCCUUUCAUGCUCCCGCUGCCCUGAGAGAGAGGCGGAGGGCGGCCCAAGGCACUGGGCCGGGGCCGGUACUGAAGGGAGAAUAGCGACACGGAUGACGAAUAAAUGAUGCUGAGACCAGAUCCAGGAGGCGCCACCUGCCUCUGGGUCCACAAAGUGAGCCCGCCGACUUUUCAUCCUGUUCCUUCUGUAGGUUCAGAAUCAGACACUCAGGCCAGAAAGAGAGGUGGCCUGGCCCCGUCCACCAGGGGGCGUGCGGGCAUCAGAUUUACUCCUGGAGAACUAGCCGGGUGCAGGUGACCCUGAGUAAGCAGGUGACCAGCACCUUUGGGGUCUCCACCGUCAGACACACGCCUCCCCGCGCCGCGGUGAGCUGACCUUAUAAAUAUCCGUCCUCCUUGGGGGACAAAGCCAGGUCGACAGGACAACGGGCAGUGAGAGAUGACCUCGGAGUCAUGUCCAAAGAGGACGUAAGGGUUUCACGGAAGUCUUCAAGGCUCCCGGGGGGACAUCCGCAGCUUUAGGAUAUUUAUUGAGUGGUGGUUUUUUUUUUUUUCCAAAUCAAUUCUACGGUGGAUUUGAGGGGGUUUUUUUUCCUGUAGUUCAAAGGUGGAAGG